AUGUCUCCAAACCGACCGCUACCUCGUGCUCGUACCGCAACUGUUCGAAGAUUAUAUGAUCCUGCAGCACUCGAAUCAACCCAUUCGGUGAUCGAUCCUGCAGCACUAGUUCUCUACUUUCCUAGCCCAUACACUGUCACUGGCGAAGAUGUGCUGGAGCUGCAUACACACGGAGGCCCGGCCAUCGUGAAGGCUGUCCUAAACGCCAUAUCAUCGAAUGCUGGCGCAAGCAGUAAAGAUUCUGUCGUUCAUACUGUCCGGUAUGCAGACGUGGGGGAAUUCACUAAAAGGGCGUUCUACAACAAUCGCCUUAACCUUCCGCAGAUUGAAGCACUUGGCGAUGCACUUUCGGCUGAGACAGAACUGCAGCGUCGACUGGCAGUCAAUGGGACUGGAAAUGAGCUAGGCGAAAGGUAUGAAAGGUGGCGCAAUCUACUCCUUUACGCUCGAGGAGAGCUGGAGGCACUGAUAGACUUUUCUGAAGACCAGCAUCUUGAUGAGUCACCUGCUCAGCUCAUACCGUCGGUUUCCAAGCAAAUCACCGGAUUGGAGAGACAGAUAAGUUUACACAUACAAAAUGCUUCGAAAGGAGAGCUUCUGCGAAGCGGUAUCAGCAUUGCUUUGCUUGGAGCACCCAAUGCGGGAAAGAGUUCUCUAUUGAACAGGAUUGUAGGCCGUGAGGCUGCGAUCGUAAGUGCUCAAGCGGGAACAACAAGAGACAUCGUUGAUGUUAGCGUCGAUAUUGGAGGCUGGCUGUGCCGAUUUGGCGACAUGGCUGGACUAAGGAGAGCUAGCUGGCCAUCAAGCUCGCACAAUUCUGCGAACCCCAUUGGAGCUAUUGAAAAAGAAGGGAUGAGACGAGCAAAAGCUCGAGCAUUGACGUCAGACCUGGUUGUCGUUAUGUUGUCGUUAGAGAAAACCAUGGACAGCUGCAUUGCCACUUUGCACAUCGACGAAGAAGUAUUUGAAGCGGCCCGCGAAUGCGAAAGGCUGGGAAAGGCUAUGAUAGUGAUCAUCAACAAGAUUGAUAAGCUACAACCUGCCCUGACCCCAGAAACAGAACAAAAGCUCUGUGAGGAGGUCAGCACAAUGUUCCCAUCUGUUUCGAGGCAUCUCACCUUCUUGAUAUCUUGUCUCGAAUCGUCUAUCCCGUCGAAUGCAAGCAAGGAUCCAGGUAAUAUUCAAGGCCUACUUGGAGGUCUUCAGUCCUAUUUUGCCAGUCUCACGACUCCUUCUGGACCCAAUGAUCAGAAUUUUGAUAAGUCUUACUGGGAACAGUCUUUGUCUGUCUCUCACCGACAAAGGGAGUAUUUGCGACAAUGUCUUCAACAUCUUGACGACUUCUUAUCCCAGACAUCCUCCCAGUAUCGCUUUGAUAAUAACGAAGAUCUGGGUUCUGGGCCUGAUAUCGUCGCCGCAGCAGAGCAUCUUCGAUACGCUGCAAAUUGCCUGGCAAAGAUCACUGGAAAAGGGGAAGCAGGUGACGUAGAAGAUAUCCUGGGUGUUGUGUUUGAAAGGUGA